AUGGUGAUUAACUCGAUAGAGAUGAGAAGAGGACAUCUAGUAGAAAGGGAUGUCGUCUUUGAAGAAGAUAAGGCUUGGAAUUGGCACACCAAUUCUGAAUCUUCCACGGCGUAUGAGUUAGAGUGGGAAGAAGAGAAAGAUGUUGGCAGCAGCAGUUCUGAAAUACCUGAGGCUGAAAAUGCUGAUCAAGUCGCUGACCAUGAUGAGCCUGAGCAUCAUACAUCAGCCCCAGUUGAUGCAUCAACACGUUAUCCAGUACGAGACCGCCGACAACCAUAUUGGAUGAAUGAUUAUGUUACUGGUGAAGAUCUUUCCAAUGAAGAACUUGUUGAUUCUUUCUCUAACUUAGCCUUGUUUACGUGUGAUGAUCUUAUGACCAAACCAUUGAAGCUGGGAGUAUUCUUGAAGUUGCGAAAGUCUCUUGGUGUUUGCUCUGAAAUUGAAGUAAACUGCAAACCAGAAGUUAAAAUGAGAAGUUGCAGUUUAAGGGAGGAUGUUGAGGACAGAAGUUAA